AUGGAGCGUAAUCUAAUUGGUCGCCCAAGCACACAACAGCCAGGCCGGCAGUUCGCACGCCGCAACCCUAACUCACUAGUCCAGCACCCGUCAUCAUCACCAACACCCAACCAAUACAAGCCGACCGUCUCAACCUGCUGCAGGAUUGCGCUGGCUGGCCGCAGACGGAGUCGAUCAUGUGAUUCCUGGGUGCAAUCGACGCCAAUGGAUUCGCAAAGUGUCAGCGCGACGCUGCGCGCUAGGCCGGGGUUUAGAUGA